UGUACAGAGAGCGAAUUCGUUGAUCUAUAUCCAUGUCUCGACAGAAGCGCAUGAUUUGGGCCACUUCACUCACCCUCCAGCACACACAGACUUCUAGAAGAAUAUCCGAAUAUAUCUACAUGUACGGUCGUGGCAUAGUUGGACGUUUCACCGGCAUUAUUGAGAUUCGAAACAUUCUAAAUGGUCUUGCUCUCCAGGAGUCUCGGGUAUGUUCGGGCGCAGUCUUUGUCGGGCACUUGUCAAUAAGGGGCAGCCCCCCGAGAGAAAAUAAUCACGCACACAGCCGAUGCAGUCGGAACUAUUGGUUCCACUCCCAGGUACGGUUCAUCGAGUCGCGUCAUGCAGUCGUACCGGUUACGGAAUUCUAGAAGAAGCAGAGACGGGGAACCAAAAAGAUUUGAUAAUUCCGAGUUCCGUCAUGAUUUUCUCGAUUUUUGUUCCAUUGCCCCACGCCGAACGCCAUAUUCCUUCCUCUCGUGCUUCUUCGAAUCUCACAAUGCCCACGAUGAGAAUAGCGAGGCGCCGAGCAUGAACUCCUCUACGGUGGAGAUAUUUGUCUUCCUCUCCCUCGGCCUUUUCAUCAUCCUCUUUCGCCUCUUCGGUCGAGUGUACAUGGUCGGCUGGCGUGGGAUGAGGGCGGACGACUACCUUAUGCUGGUCAACAUGCUCCCUUAUACGGCGAACGCAGUCCUGGCAGACACGGUGGAAGGCGUGACCCAUGGACUGACAAAUAGCAACAUGUCCGACGCCGAAAGACGAGCUCUGAGCCCGGAAAGCGAAGAAUAUGCCAUGAGGGUUUUGGGCUCCAAGAUCCAGGUGGCGGGCUGGACCAUGUAUGUCACGGCGAACUGGAUCAUCAAGUCCUCCAUGUGUGCUUUCUAUCUACGGUUGACGACUGGCGUCCAAGGUUACCGAACGAUGCUAGAUAUCAGCUUCGCCCUCAUCGCCGCAUCGUACAUCGCCCUCAUGGGAUGUGUCCUCUUCGCUUGUCACCCAAUGGAGCGGCAUUGGCAAAUAUAUCCAGACCCGGGCAACGUAUGUUAUCCAGCUAUUUCGAAGGCGGUCAUCUACACCAACGCCACGCUUAACUCCAUUACCGACCUUUACCUCAUCGUCCUCCCACUUCCAAUGCUCUGGAUGGUAAAACUCCCGAAACUGAAGAAGCUGGGACUCGCUGUGCUCUUUUCGGGGGCCUUUUUCGUCAUCGCAGCGUGUCUUCUGCGGAGUAUCAUCACCCUCCGGAACAAAGUAAAUGGUCCGGUGGAAGGAGCUAUGUGGUCCGUCCGCGAGUGUUUCGUCGCCGUCACCAUCGCCAACCUCCCCGUGUUAUGGGCUUUCUUCCGUCUCUGGCCGAACCCGUUCCGACCACGGCGGACACGACUUGGCUCUGACGAGAGCAGGGGCCGUCAAGAGAGCGGAAGUGGAAGGUCCGAGGAAGGGGGUGGAAGAAGAGCAAGUCAACAGAGGAAGCCGCAGAGUCACCGGGCUGAUGUCGGGGAAACCGACCUUGAGAUGAAUGGUUCGGAAACUUCGGGACACGAUUCAGGUUCCAUGGCGCCUCUGAGGGAGCCAUUAGGUACCCCCUGAUUUUUUCCUUUUUUCCCUUUGUUUCUAUCUUUUUUCUAUCUUUUUCUUCUUGUUUAGAGCUGCAAUCGGGUUAUCAGAUGCCCCCCCCC